CCGAGGUUCCCGCUAUGGCUUCCUCGAUACUCAUGCUUAUUACAGCAGCUCUCCUCAUGAAGCUCGUACAUGCACAGGAAACCCACUAUGUCUCUCUCGUGAACAAUUGUGGCCAAGGUUAUCCUGUCCUGGGAGGAUUGUAUGGCGAGUUCUACAACGCGAGCGAGACCUCGCUCUUCAAAGGCCCUGCAUGGGGUCUGAUUGCUUACCUUCAAUACACCGACAAUAAUGGCAUGCAUCUCGCGGCUUUCUAUGCGCGGCCGAUGGUAUUAAGCCUUUUGGACAGGAAACAACGUAUUAGCGUGGACAUUACUCUCGUCCCUCCGCACGAGUUCUCGGUGACCACGGGCUUCGGAUACUACGGCGGCUGCGAUGGUUCCGGGCUGGACUGCACCAGCGCAGAUUGCAUCGAAGCCAAACAUGACUCGAGCCAAGGUGACCGACAGAUAGCCUGCACGGCUCCCAAUGUCAAUCUCGCGAUCACGUUUUGUGACUGA